AUGAAAGUAAUUGAGAAUUUGUGCAUCUUUGGAAGACUUAUUUACACUCUAAUGUCUGCCAUGCUGUUUAAAGAUAAGCAAAAGACGGUUGUGCAGUGUUACCUUAGGCAAACGAUAGAAUUCAUAUCUGGAAAUGGAAAUGAAAGUGAUGAAUGAUUUAAUUGGAAAUGCUCAUUUUCAAAUAAACAAAAUGAAUUGGGAAGAGAAAGUUCAAAAUUUCACUGAUAACACUUGGGAAUGUUUAUGUGAUAAUGUAACUGAUAUUACUAAUAUACAAGAAAAAUGCAUAAAUAUAGAAAACAAAUUAAUAAAAAUUUUUAAAUAUAUAAAAUAUGAUAUCGAAUCGAGAUUGUCCGCUCUGAAAUCUGAUUCUAAUAUCAGUUAUUUGUCAUCCAAUCAGUAUUAUCCAUUUUAUAAUAAAAGUAAUAACUUAGAAAAUACCUUAAGAGAAAAAACAUUGGAAAAUGAUAUAUUAUCAAGUAUUUAUAUGAUGCAGCAUAGUUUACUUAAAAUUGAUGCAUUUCAAAAACGAAAAAUGGGAUUGAAUAAAUAUUGUUCAACGAUACGUUUACUCAUUUAUGAUAGAGCUAAAAUUAAAAAACAAUUAUUGAAUGUUAAAUAUGCAAGAAAAAAACUUGCAAAUAUUAAACAAAAAAUUCAAAAUUCAAAUUUGAUAAAACAACAAUCGCUGAAUAAAUGCAUAGCAAUGUUGGAUAAUAUAUUGGCAGCAAUGCAAUUUAUAAUAAUUGAAAUUGACAAACAAUUUGAUUCAAUUUAUUCGGUUAAUCGAUACAUUGCAUUAUUUAAUGAGUUGUACCAGCAGUUUCAGCACAAUCACCAGAAAUUUUUUUCGCAACAAAAUUGGAUAUUUGAUGAAUGA